AUGGUAUUUUUCUUCCAAAGGCUAUCCGCAGUGACGAUCCGCAGUAGUUUUACCUUCUCCGCAACCCGCACAGCUCUAACACAAGACCGGAUGCCUCGAUCAUGACCUAUGCAUGCCCGAAAUUGGGUGAUAGCAGCACAGCCUCUGACAACGAUGAGUGAGGCCGCCGUCGACUGUGCCUGCUCUUGACCUUGUCGUUCUUGACUUUAUCUCUGCUUCCGACUUCCGACUCUUCCCCUGCUGCUGCCCAGUCCGACCAAGCUCCAACUAGCCCUAUAUACACAUUUUAUAUUCACCCGCUUUGCACAGGAGGUCUCGCCUUCCGCUGUCAGCUUUUAAACCACAACCACCAUCACUAUGAUUGACGAAAAGACACUUCCCGCGGGUCCUCCACCUGCGUACCCAGAACAAUCACAACCGCAACUGCAAUCUCAGGGUUCCUCUUAUCCCCAAUCUACGACUACUCAACAACCCUCAGCACCGGGUUUCCCACAACCUGCUAGUGAUAGUUAUUUUCCUCCUCAUAAUAUGGGCUCACCACCGCAGGCUCAGCCGGGACAGGAGUACUCUUCAGGAUAUCCAUAUCCUCAGCCUAAACCAUCGGCACAGUCUGCACGAGGACCGAGUGGACGGGGACCUCAGCCUCAGUUCCCGCCGGGGUCUAUGCAGCAGAUGCAAAUGGAUGCACAGAUUGGGGCUCAGUAUCAACAACAAUUAUAUGCGAAAUGUGCGAGGGGAGAUCAUGAUGUUGUGACAAAGUUUGGUGUGUGUGGUAUCAUCACCGCUGUGAUUUUGUUUCCUAUUGGUCUCGUAUGUCUCUUGUACGUCCCUCUUCGUCUCUAUGAUUCAAAUUUUUUUGGAGAGCUAAAUUUGAGUUUUAGCUUGGACACAGACAAGAAAUGCGCACGAUGUGGGGCUAUUGUAGGAUGAAGCUCGCGUGGAUGAGUAGUCUCUCAGCUCUUUCGCGGGAGAGUUAUAUCUCGGCUUUUAUGUGUAUGCUGGAUCGAUUGGACAUUGUAUAUUUCUCUCUACUUUUUCCCCCUCUCUCCUUCUCUCUUCUGUUUAUAUCUCGCAUCCCAUCGCAUUUCUCCGCUUUCACAAUUCACAUACAUACAUGCACGCUCACUUAUUUUGCUUCUUGCUUUCUCAUCAUUAUCGUACUCAUGUACCCAUCCAUUGCUCUCCACGGCCUCAUAUACGAGGAGCAUGGUAUACGGUAUAAUAAUUAACACUCGCAUGUUCAUGCACAUGCCGAGCCGUUAUAUUCUGGCG